AUGGAGGGGGAGGUGGAGAGUAUGGGAGGAGGGGAGAGAUGGAAGGAGAGGUGGAGAGGCUGGGAGGAGGGGAGAGAUGGAGGGAGAGGUGGAGAGGCUGGGAGGAGGGGAGAGAUGGAGGGAGAGGUGGAGAGGGUGGGAAGAGGGAGAGAUGGAGGAGAGGUGAGAGGCUGGAGGAGGGAAUGGAGGAGGGGAGGCUGGGAGGAGGGGAGAGAUGGAGGGAGAGGUGGAGAGGUCUGGGAGGAGGGGAGAGAUGGAGGGAGAGGUGGAGAUGCUGGGAGGAGGGGAGAGAUGGAGGGAGAGGUGGAGAGCUGGGAGGAGGGAGAGGAGGAGAGGUGGAGAGGUGGAGGAGGGGAGAGAUGGAGGGAGAGGUGGAGAGUCUGGGAGGAGGGGACAGGGAUAUUUAGGGGUGAUGGUUGGGGCUGUAGUAGUGGGGUUGUAGUGGGUAUACUUGUUCUCUAACAAUAGUUUUUCUCUCUUUCUCUCUGUCUCUCUCUCUCUCUCUCUCUCUCUCUUCUCUCUCUCUCUCUCUUUUCUCUCUCUCUCUCUUUCUUCUCUCUCUCUCUCUUCUCUCUCCUCCUUCCUUCUCCCUCUCCUCUCUCUCCUUCUCUCUCUCUUCUGUCUCCAGUCCUCUCGUCUCUCUUUCUUUCUGUCGCAUGCUCUCUCUCUUCCUUCUGCCCUCUCUGCUUCUUCUGGCCUCUGUCUAGCCAUCUCUCUCGCUCCCACAAUCCACCACUCACGCAUCCUUACUGUUUCUCCCUGCCCAUCUCUGAACCUGCUGUGAGAUACCUGGAGCUCGGGUGAGAACACCAGACAUUACACAUCGCUCCCACAACCACCACACCAACCAUCACACAACGCUUUUACAACCAUCACACAACACUUCUGCAACCAUCACACCGACAAUCACACAGCGCUUUUACAACCAUCACACAUCACUCCCACAACCACCACACCAACCAUCACACAACGCUUUUACAACCAUCACACAACGCUUCUGCAACCAUCACACCGACCAUCACACAACGCUUUUACAACCAUCACACAUCACUCCAACACCCAUCAUCAUAUGUAGGCCUGCUGCCUUUGUGUAUUUUUGCCUGGAGAAAGUGUUCCCACAUGGUUGGUAUCAAGCAGAUUGUGCAGAAUCAACCAUGUUGACAGAGAAAGAGAGAAAGAAAGAGCUCAGGUAUGGGUGGCGAGCACAGCCAGUUCUGAGUUUAUUUUGAACCUGAAGGCAUUUCCACCCUGAUGUCUGUUUUUGUCUGUACAGACCUUUUGUACAUACAGUAUGUGGAAGUGUCCUUCAUGCUUGUGUUUGUUUGUUUGUUAGUGUGAGAGUGUGUGUGCCUGUGUGUGUGUGUGUGUGUGUGUGUGUGUGUGUGUGUGUGUGUGUGUGUGUGUGUGUUUGUGUGUGUUUGUGUGUGUCUGUCUGUACGUGCAUAUAGGCCUAGGUAUGAAAGACAGACAAACAGGGAGAGAUCCGUUAUUCAGAACACCUUCAGAACUGAAGAACUGUAGAACAGCCCAGUAGACUUUCAGAACCCUCUAGAAAAAAGUGAUUUACUUUGAAGAGGAGGAGAGGAAGAGACAUCCAACUCUCCUCCCUCUUCUCUUGCACUCUGAGCUGUCUGCUGCAGGGCUCACCAGAAACACUGUUUAGAACGGAACCAGGAGCUGCAGUACACACAUCCCACCUAUAGUUCUGAGAAGAGACAUCAGCUGUUUGAUAAAGAUAGGAGAGCGAUGUCACAGAGAGAAGUGGGAGAUGACAGUUUUAUCAACCUUUAGUUUUCUAAAUCUGGAAUACUCCAAUUAGUAUGAUAUGUUGCAUUUCGUAUGGUAUGUAUUAAUUGGUGUAUGUCCAUCAUCCACUUCGUACAGUGGCUUGCGAAAGUAUUCACCCCCCUUGGCAUUUUUCCUAUUUUGUUGCCUUACAACCUGGAAUUAAAAUAGAUUUUUGGGGGGUUUGUAUCAUUUGAUUUACACAACACGCCUACCACUUUGAAAUCUUUAAGUCAUACCACAGAUUCUCAAUUGGAUUGAGGUCUGGGCUUUGACUAGGCCAUUCCAAGACAUUUAAAUGUUUCUCCUUAAACCACUCGAUUGUUGCUUUAGCAGUAUGCUUAGGGUCAUUGUCCUGCUGGAAGGUGAACCUCCGUCCCAGUCUCAAAUUUCUGGAAGACUGAAACAGGUUUCCCUCAAGAAUUUCCCUGUAUAUAGUGCCAUCCAUCAUUCCUUAAAUACUGACCAGUUUCCCAGUCAUCCCCACAGCAUGAUGUUGCCACCACCAUGCUUCACUGUGGGGAUGGUGUUCUCAAGGUGAUGAGAGGUGUUGGGUUUGCGCCAGACAUAGCGUUUUCCUUGAUGGCCAAAAAGCUCAUCUGACCAGAGUACCUUCUUCCAUAUGUUUGGGGAGUCUCCCACAUGGCUUUUGGCGAACACCAAACGUGUUUGCUUAUUUUUUUCUUUAAGCAAUGGCUUUUUUCUGGCCACUCUUCCGUAAAGCCCAACUCUGUGGAGUGUACGGCAUAAAGUGGUCCUAUGGACAGAUACUCCCAUCUCCACUGUGGUGCUUUGCAGCUCCUUCAGGGUUAUCUUUGGUCUCUUUGUUGCCUCUCUGGUUAAUGCCCUCCUUGCCUGGUCCGUGAGUUUUGGUGGGCGGCCCUUUCUUGGCAGGUUUGUUGUGGUGCCAUAUUCUUUCCAUUUUUUAAUAAUGGAUUUAAUGUUGCUCCGUGAGAUGUUCAAAGUUUCUGGUAUUUUUUUAUAACCCAACCCUGAUCUGUACUUUUCCACAACUUUGUCCUUGACCUGUUUGGAGAGCUCCUUGGUCUUCAUGGUGCCACUUGCUUGGUGGUGCCCCUUGCUUAGUGGUGUUGCAGACUCUGGGGCCUUUCACAACAGGUGUGUAUAUACUGAGAUCAUGUGGCACUUAGAUUGCACACAGGUGGACUUUAUUUAACUAAUUAUGUGACUUCUGAAGGUAAUUGGUUGCACCAGAUCUUAUUUAGGGGCUUCAUAGCAAAGGGGGUGAAUACAUAUGCACGCACCACUUUUACGUUAUUUAUUUUUUAGAAUUUUUUGAAACUAUUUUGUGAAUGUCCAUUACAUGAAAUCCAAAUAAAAAUCUAAUUAAAUUACAGGUUGUAAUGCAACAAAAUAGGAAAAACGGCAAGAGGGAUGAAUACUUUUCCAAGGCACUGUAUGAUAUGUUACGAAUUGCAAUUCGUACAAUAUGUUACAAAUUUUCAAAAUGUAUGAUAUGUGUCGUGACGUGACUUUCAAUAAUGUGAUGACUGUUAUUUAUCAAAUCAACUAACUAUGUUUAAUUGUAAAAUUAAGUGUCCAUAAAAUGUACAUAGUAUGUAUAAGCUGGAAGUAGUGGCCUAAGCAUUGUUGUUCACUAGUUUACCCCAAUUAGGGAAGGGGUGGUGGGGUUGGAAAGUAAUAAAGGGAAAUAUAUAAAAAGUAUAUGUGUAUGUAUGUAUAUGUAUUUAUAUUUAUGUAUAUGUAUAUGUAUGUGGAUGUACAGUUGAAGUCGGAAGUUUACAUACACCUUAGCCAAAUACAUUUCAACUCAGUUUUUCACAAUUCCUGACAUUUAAUCCUAGUAAAAAAUCCCUGUUUUAGGUCAGUUAGGAUCACCACUUUAUUUUAAGAAUGUGAAAUGUCAGAAUAAUAGUAGAGAGAAUGAUUUAUUUCAGCUUGUAUUUCUUUCAUCACAUUCCCAGUGGGUCAGAAGUUUACAUACACUCAAUUAAUAUUUGGUAGCAUUGCCUUUAAAUUGUUUAACUUGGGUCAAACGUUUCGGGAAGCCUUCCACAAGCUUCCCACAAUAAGUUGGGUGAAUUUUCCUCCUGACAGAGCUGGUGUAAUUGAGUCAGGUUUGUAGGCCUCCUUGCUCGCACACGCCUUUUCAGUUCUGCCCACACAUUUUCUAUAGGAUUGAGGUCAGGGCUUUGUGAUGGCCACUCCAAUACCUUGACUUUGUUGGCCUUAAGCCAUUUUGCCACAACUUUGGAAGUAUGCUUCGGGUCAUUGUCCAUUUGGAAGACCCAUUUGCGACCAAGCUUUAACUUCCUGACUGAUGUCUUGAGAUGUUGCUUCAAUAUAUCCACACAAUUUUCCUUCCUCAUGAUGCCAUCUAUUUUGUGAAGUGCACCAGUCCCUCCUGCAGCAAAGCACCCCCACAGCAUGAUGCUGCCACAACCGUGCUUCACGUUGGGAUGGUGUUCUUCGGCUUGUAAGCAUCCCCCUUUUUCCUCCAAACAUAACGAUGGUCAUAAUGGCCAAACAGUUCUAUUUUUGUUUCAUCAGACCAGAGGACAUUUCUCCAAAAAGUUUGAUCUUUGUCCCCAUGUGCAGUUGCAAACCGUAGUCUGGCUUUUUUAUGGCGGUUUUGGAGCAGUGGCUUCUUCCUUGCUGAGCAGCCUUUCAGGUUAUGUCAAUAUAGGACUCGUUUUACUGUGGAUAUAAAUACUUUUAUACCUGAUUCCUCCAGCAUCUUCACAAGGUCCUUUGCUGUUGUUCUGGGAUUGAUUUGCCCUUUUCGCACCAAAGUACAUUCAUCUCUAGGAGACAGAACGCGUCUCCUUCCUGAGCGGUAUGACGGCUGCGUGGUCCCAUGGUGUUUAUACUUGCGUACUGUUGUUUGUACAGAUGAAUGUGGUACCUUCAGGCAUUUGGAAAUUGCUCCCAAGGAUAAACCAGACUUGUGGAGGUCUACAGGUCUUGGCUGAUUUCUUUUGAUUUUCCCAUGAUGUCAAGCAAAGAGGCACUUAGCUUGAAGGUAGGCCUUGAAAUACAUCCACAGGUACACCUCCAAUUGACACAAAUGAUGUCAAUUAGCCUAUCAGAAGCUUCUAAAGCCAUGACAUCAUUUUCUGGAAUUUUCCAGGCUGUUUAAAGGCACAGUCAACUUAGUGUAUGUAAACUUUUGUCAAGUGUCAAUGUGCAGCGGUAGGACGGAGUCAGGCGCAGGACACAGAACUGAGUAAACAACGUACUUUACUCGAAAAAUAAACAACACUAAUUUCCACGCAGGGAAAACACACCAGCUCACAUAAGUCUUAGACACAAAACAAAGAACAAACACGCACAAAACCAUGUGGGAACCAGAGGGUUAAAUAGGGAAAUAAUAUAAUGUAAUGGGAACCAGGUGUGUACAAUCAAGACAAAACAAAUGGAAAAAGAAACGUAGAUCGGUGGCAGCUAGAAAGCCGGUGACGACGACCGCCGAACGUCGCCCGAACAAGGAGAGGCACCAACUUCGGCGGAAGUCGUGACAACUUCUGACCCACUGGAAUUGUGAAACAGUUAAUUAUAAGUGAAAUAAUCUGUCUGUAAACAAUUAUUGGAAAAUUACUUGUGUCAUGCACAAAGUAGAUGUCCUAACCGACUUGCCAAAACUAUAGUUUGUUAACAAGAAAUUUGUGGAGUGGUUUCUGUACACCAGCGGAACCCAUCCAACUUGAAGGAGCUGGAGCAGUUUUGCUUUGAAGAAUGGGCAACAAUUACAGUGGCUAGAUGUGCCAAGCUUAUAGAGACAUACCCCAAGAGACUUGCAGCUGUAAUUGCUGCAAAAGGUGGCUCUACAAAGUAUUGACUUUGGGGGGUUGAAUAGUUAUGCACGCUCUAGUUUUCUGUUUUUGUCUUAUUUCUUGUUUGUUUCACACAACAACAAAACAAAUUGCAUUUUCAAAGUGGUAGUCAUGUUGUGUAAAUCAAAUGAUACAAACCCCCCAAAAAUCCAUUUUAAUUCCAGGUUGUAAGGCAACAAAAUAGGAAAAAUGCCAAGGGGGGUGAAUACUUUCACAAGCCACUAUAUAUUUGCGAGAAGAAAAACAUAUGGGGGAUUGGAAGUGAUGCAGACAAUUACAUUGAUGGAAGUUACAAUCUAUCUGCAAUAUUAAAGCUGAUCUACCCCCCAAAAAAAUAAAUUAAAUAAAAACUAUGUUUAAUUGUCACUCUUUUAAAUUAAUCAUGUAACAAUUAACUUAUUAGGAAUUUGGAGCACCAUGGAAGAAGUUGUUUAACGAGUUACCAUCUCCCAAAUUAAACUCUUAGAAGAUAUUUAGAUAUAUAUAUCGAUAACAGUCACUUAUCAUUACCUCAUCAGUCUCAUUCUGAACGUCGCAUACUCCUUGAUAUCUGCAAGAACCCUAACCAUAUUGAUGAAUCACCAAUACACAAAUUGGCUUAAUUAUUUAUUUACUCACUAACUAAAUAAUAACACAGAAUACAUAAACACACACACACGGUAUAGGUUAUUGAUUGCUAACGUAAUACAAUGAAAACAGGUCCCUAAUGGACUGGACUAACAAUAGCAUGACUGCUUGGUUAGGGGAAGGAGGGGUCAAUAGAAAGAGAGUGAAAGGGAGAGACAAAGAGAUUCAACUUAUCGUUGUUACAUUUGGAAACCACCGCUCAUUCUGAUAAAAAAUGCAAUGCAUAUUUACGUGUAGCUUUCCUUGAUCGUCGUCUCUCUGUUGAACCACUUUCUCAAAAAGGGUUUGAGUGUCCUAUCCCACUUCGGUGAGACUCAGCUUGUCUUCGAAUGGAGUGUUCAUUAGAAUGUACCAAUGGUUGUCUGAGAUGGGAUUGUCCUUCCUAACUCGUGUCUUUAGUGAAAGACAACUUUACAUGCCAGCUGCAGACUGGUAAUGCUAUGGUCUAGUGAGUUUCUUCUUCUUGUGUAGAGAUUGAGAGUUUCAGAGUUUCUCACCAUUUCAAACGUGUGGACUAACGUCUCACUUUUCCUGGUCUUAGAGUGUCAACCAUUUGUAACGUUCAGCUCCCGCUGCAUGUCGGCUGGUCUGUAGAGGUUCAACCAGUUGUAAUGUGAGCACGCGCUUCACGGCGGCUGGUCUUUCUGGUCUAACCAUUUUAAGCCGUGUAGCCACAGCUCCACGCUUUCUGGUCUCUGAUUCAAAGUUCUAACCAUUCUAAACAUGCAGUCGCCACUCUCACACUUUCUGGUCUAAAUGUACAUUUCGUUACUACUUUUAUCCUCGGGUAAAAAGGGGGCGUUCCAACACGCCGAUCCAAUGUCUGUGCUCACUUGGGCGUGGUUACUUACUGGGCAAAAGUUUAUAUAGAACAAUUAUCUCAUUAGAAGAAUAAAAUCACAUUGCUAUCUUCACAAAAGUACUCUCAUACUUAAUCAUAUAUUUUAUACAACAUUUAGAUGUAAGCUUGAUAAAUAGAACGUGUACACUUUCAGAGUUACAGUUAUUCCGUUAUACCAUCCUUAAUGACAUCACAAACAACAAUAACAAUAAACAAUAUGACGUGAUUAUUCUUUAGGUCCCCACUGACCAUUCCAAACAUUUGGAGGUCAGGAAUAAGAUUCCAGUAAGAGUUUUUAUGCGGCAAAGAGUCUCUGGAACAAAGACAAUCUCAGUCUUCCCAUACUAGAGACCAAAAGGAGUCCUUUUCUACAAACUAUUUAUGACCGAGUCAUGACAUAUGUUACAAAUUCCAAUUUGUUAGAUAGGUGGCAAGGUGGCUAAGGCUAACAUUACUUAGGUGGCUAACAUUAGCUAGGCUAGGGGUUAGGGUUAGGGGUUAGGGUUAAGGUUAGGUUGAAGGUUAAGGUUAGGGUUAGGAGUUAGGUUAAAGGGUUAGUGGAAGGGUUAGCUAACAUGCUAAGUAGUUGCAAAGUUGCUAAUUAGCAAAAAUGCUAAAGUGGUCUGCGAUGAGAUUCAAACACACAAUCUUUGGGAUGCUAAACGUUCGUGUUAUAUGCCCACCCAUCCAACCUGACCAAUCACCCUACUUUAUUUUUUGGGUUAAGUAACUUUCUGUUUUAUGUAACCAUAUCAAAUGUAACAUAUCAUACUAAUUUGAGUGUCCCAGAUUUACAUUUACUAUGUUAAAUCUAGUCUAUGAGACCAGGCUGGUUUUAUGGCUAGACUUGUAGUGUUAGAGAGGGCUAGACUUACUGUGUGUUACCAUGGAAGACCCCUCAACAUAUUGACCUGUUGGACUACUUUGUCUUCAGUUUAGCUUUUCAGUGCAGCUGUGUUCACAAUACACAUUCCCCGAUACACAUUGCCACCUUUGACCCGAGCCCUUGAUCUUCCAUUACACAUAAGAGUCAUUAAACGAAGGCGUCUUCUGUGCAGGGGAGUUUUGUUAAGAGCCCCGACGCUCAAUCUGAACAUUAACACGCGUCGCUUGCAAUACGUUUUUUUAAGCAUAUGGACCUUAUCUUCCAUAUCAGCAAGAAAUAAUAAUAAAACAUUUAAAAAGGUUAAAUUGAUACACACCUUGAUAGGGUUAGGGUUAGUGUUCCCACACGGCCAUCUAGCGUGCUCUGAACACCUGUGUGUAACUCGGGAAGUGUAGUGGAAGUGGAGUUUCGUUGGAUGGAGGAACCCAUAGCUGUAUGGAUCUGUAACUGCUACAGUAAGUGUAUCUUUUUUAUUUGAAGGGUUCUUUUUUACUGAUGAAAGAUAAGGGCCAUAUGUUCCGAAAGCCAUAUCGCAACCGGUGAUUAUUGAAGUUUCUAAACUUUAAAACACAGCGUCGGGAUUGUAGUUCACAUUAGCCAGUCGUGGUCAAAGCUAAUAGCUGAAAACUGUAGGGAAAAGGCAGAAUGCUGUCUAGAGUUUUUGAGAGCUAUUUUGACCCAUGAUCCCUCUCUCUCUCUCUCUCUCUCUUAGUGCCCCCCUGGUGCCCUCAAGAGUCGCCGCGCUGCCGAAAAUGACCUGGAGCAGCAGGUUCUUGCCUUUAAUCAGGUAACACACAUGCAUGCACACACACACACACACACACUCAAAUAUAUGAACAGACAAACUAACAAGACCACUGGCUAAGCACGACCAGGUAGGCAAAGGGAGCGAGCAAAAUAUUCCAUUGUUUUUCCCCCUUAUAAUCAUUGUUCCUCCCCUGAUAAUUAUUAAUCCACUCUCAGCCAAAGAGACAACAGUAGCAUGAUAAAUAUCUCCCCUCCUCCACCACUACUGAGAAAUGUUCUUAUUUAAAAAAUGUGCAACAGUGCUAGAUUGCCAAAUAAAUAAUAUUCUUUCAAAUUAUAUUUUAAAGCCAUAUUCACCCUUUCUCAUUUCAUGAUUCAUAAUAAUGCAAUCUAUUUCCAAUUAUCCAUUCAUUAGGCUUGCUGUUUGUCUUGUGGAGAGCUGUUGUUAACUCAAAGCUCUGGCAGACUACAGACAGGAGUAAUCAAUCCCAUAGAAUACUGUUCCUCAGCCAGACACAAUAACAGGAACAGAGCCGUGUGUGUGUGCCUGCUUAUGUGGUGAGUGUGUGCAUGUGUGAGCUCAUAGUUGUGGUGUCACUGACUCUUAAACUGCUGUCUGAGUUCGUAAUGAGAUCCAGGUAUGUGUCUGGCAGUGAUAGCACUAACCAAUGAAAUAACAGCGGACAAUAAAGGAUGUUCUUAUUUGGACAAUAUAAGGAAGUCUCUAUGUAAGCCAUAUUGUUACCAUGGCAUUAUUAAUUAUAGUGUUAACCCCACCCCUUCCUUUCUCUUUCCGUUUGACAACAGAUGUCUUCAUGCCACGACUGCAACUUCAUUUACACAACAAGCAUUAUGCACUGACACACGUGUGCACAGUGCAGCACACACACACACUCCUACACAAACACACAUACCCACACACUCUCUCUCUUUCUCGCACUCACACACACACUCCCUCACUCACACACAUUACAUUCCUGGUGUGUCAGAGUGGUAUAAGUCAUCUAGGCUUUUCUUAUUGAAUUCAGGGCAUUGGCUUUGAAACAUCUGCACUGCACACCAGGGUCAUGAACUUAAUAAUACUGUACGUGUGUGUGUGUGUGUGUGUGUUGGUCCCUUAAGACUGGAAGUCUCAGUCAAUCGUUCUCGUUCUUUCUUGUUGUUUCUUUUCUUUCUGUCUUUUUUUCUCCUGUCCAACCUUUCUGAAAGGUCAACCCAGACCCCCAAACACUCUCGCGUUGAUCCCUCUCCCUCCACAUGAUUUUCCAGGUUGAUGUCCCUAACCACAACAUCUUUCCCCUUCCCCUUGAAAACGAUCUCUACCUCUCUCAUGGACUUUUGCUUCAUGCAGUUUUUCCACUCUAACUCUCACUGCUUUCACUUUGUUGUUCACUACUUUCUCUGUCUGUCUGUUCUCUUUCCCUCUCUUUUUCACUUCUACUUCUACCCCCCACCCCUCUCUCUCUCUCUCUCUCUCUCUCUCUCUCUCUCUCUCUCUCUCUCUCACCUUCUCCCUUACCCCAUCUCUCUCUCUCUCUCGCCUUCUCCCUUACCCCAUCUCUCUCUAUCUCUGCCUCAGGGUUUAUUAGGGAUCUAUUCCAACACUCCUCCUUACCCCUUUCUUUUCUCCUCCUCCUCCCUCCCUCCAUCCUUUCUUUUUCCCUUUAAAAUGCACUCUGGAUAAGAGCAUCUGGCUAAUGACCAGUGUGUUCAUUUAGAUAUCUUUCUUCAUCCGCUCUCUGUUGUGCUGCUCAUGCAAUGAUAUGUAACGGUAGUGGCUAGCUUCAGUGGUGCACAUGUACAAUACAUGCAAAAUAUGCCAUAGAAUUAUGUUUAGCUGUUGGUGUCUUAAGAGCAUCACAUCACUACCUUUACUUCUUCAAAAAGGUAACUUUGCAAACACCGAAGAGCUGUAAAAAAAAUAUAUAAUAAUAAUAACCAACUGGAAGUAGGUCCAACAAAGUUGUAACUGUCCUCUUAUUGCUUCUAAGUCCUGAAAACAUCCUCGCAUUGUACAUUUUGGUGUUAAAAUUAGAACACUGAAACUUCUCUGCCUCACUUUCUCUUUCUCUUUUCUCUAGGAGAUCCUUGGGUCCAAGGGCCUGGCAGAGAAAGUAAGUCUCAAACUUUCCCACUCUCUCUCUCACACACACACACACACACUUUAUCCUGUAUUACUGAAAAAGCUGAGGAGAGACUUUCGCCACGUGUCAGUUGGCGUCCAAUCAGGAAGAAAAUAUGUAGGCAACAUGAGCCAAUCAGAGCAGAGUAUUUUUUUAUACAGAUUAGGACAGGGGCUGGUGACCCAAAUACCAGGUCAGUUACUUGUACCAUUUGCUGUACUCCAAGAACGGGGAGAGAAGGAGCGCAACAUCGGGAGAUGAGACGGUGUGACACACACACACACACACACACACAUACACACAGACACAGCUCUGCUACUGACAGUGGAGUGAUAUACACAUCAUUCAUUAUACUGUAUACCCCGGCUCUGUGGGGAUUUGCUGUACUGCUUCCUAUUAAUUUUGUCAUUCUCCAACAAUAGCAGAAUUCUGUUCAUGAAUUGCAUACAAAACUCCAGACACUUCAUUAUUGCAUUCCAUGGUGUGCUUACUAUUAUCUUACUAAUCUCCCAUGGCACAGUGUAAUGUAGGAUAUGCAACCACUGAAUAUAAUGAGACAGAAUGAUCUCUCUCUAUUGGAAGAGUUUCACAGAUAUGAACCCACGCUGUUAGUAGUGUGUGUGUGUGCUUGCGUGCGUGCGCACGUGUGUGUGCGUGUGUGGGUCGGGGAAAGUAGGUAGGAUGUGUGCUAGGUGUGUGUGGAAACAUCAGGACUGGUUCGACGAAAACUCCACGUACAUCUCCACCCUACUUAACAGCAUACACAAGGUACAUAAAUCCACACUCACCAACCCUACUUCUGAGGCCCUCAAAAAGCAAUGGCAAGAGCAGCAGAGGGUGGCACAGAGUGCUCUACGACAUCUACAACAUGAGUGGUGGAGCUCCAAAGCACAAUAAAUCCAAUCUUGUGCGGACAUGCACAACUUGUAUGAUACCCUGAAGACCACCCAUGGCCUAAGAAGUUGCUUUCUCUGUCCCCUCAGAAGUGCAGGACCAAACUAAGAUAGUCCAGAGGUGAGGUGAACACUUUGAAGCCCUCUUAAACCAGCCAAACCCAGUUGACUACUCAGACCUGGAGGAGCUCCCAACCCUGCCCACCAUCCAGAGCCUUGAUCUCCCACCCACCUUUUCUGAGGUCUGCACCGCCAUCAGGUCACUGAAGAAUAACAAAACUCCUGGACCUAACUUCAUCCCUGCUGAGAUCCUAAAACAGGGGGGCUAUCUCUGUACCAGAGCAGUUUGCCUGUUCAUCUCUGAGAUAUGGAGACAAGAGAGCAGCUCCCAUCAAUGGAGGGAUGCAAACAUUGUUACCAUAUUCAAAAAUAAGGGGGACAAAUCCAUCUGUGGCAACUGCAGAGGCAUAUCCCUCCUUGCAGUUGCUGGCAAAAGUCCUGGCGAAGUUCAUGCUCUGCAGACUCAUCGACACCAUCACUGAAGACAUGCUACCGGAGUCCCAGUGCAGCUUCAGAAAGAACAGAAGCACGGUGGACAUGAUCUUCAGUGCACACCAACUGCAGGAAAAGUGCUGUGUACAGAAACAAGACCUGUUCAUGGCGUUUGUGGACCUCUCCAAAGCCUUUGACACAGUACACCGUGAACUCAUUUGGAAGGUCCUACUACUGUAUGGCUGCCCUGGGAAAUUUGUGAACAUCUUGCAUGAGUUUCCAUGAAGGGAUGAUGGCCUGAGUAACAAUUGGCAGUCAGGAGUCUGAACCCUUUGGAGUUGGUACUAGUGUGAGGCAAGGGUGUGUGCUUGUGCUGGUCCUAUUCAAUGUCUUUCUCCUGUGUGUCACAACACUCCUGCACAAGGACAUGGAAACAGAGAGUGGUGUGACCCUGGACUUCAGUUUGGACGGGAACUUCUUCAACUUUAGGAGGCUCCAAGCUGCCACAAAGCUCAAAUCUGAAUGCGUACUUGACCACAGCGGCAGCUGUGAGAGCACACAGCAGAAUGGGGCUGUCUGUUAACAUCCCAAAAACAGAUGUCCUACAGUAUGUCAAUAUUCAUCUGAUCCUCUGCCUGAAACCCCUGAAUUAUCCAUCUCAGACUCCUCACUGGCCAUUGUACAACACUUUAAAUAUCUUGGAAGCAUCCUCUCGGGAGACUGCAACAUCGAAAAAGGAUAUCCAGAAUCGAGUCAAACAGGCCUCAUCCUCGGCUAAGGAAGAGGGUAUUUUACAACAGCAACCUGCACCUCCACAACAAAGUUGCAGUCUUCCAGGCAGUGUGUGUAUCUACACUCCUUUAUGGAUGUGAAACAUGGGCAGUCUACAGCCGACACUUAAAACAACUGGAGUCCUUUCACAUAAAAUGCCUUCAACGCAUUUUGAAAGUGACCUGGCAGGACCGUGUUCCGCACUCAGAGAUACUACAGAGAACCAACUGCAGGAGCAUUGAGGCAUCCAUCACACACCACAAGCUUAGAUGGCUCUGCCAUGCCAUCCGGAUUGCCAGAGGAUCGCAGAAAAAGUGGCUAAAGGACCAACUGAAGACAUCACUAAAGAACCCUGCCUCCCUCGAGACUGUUGCUGUGUACCGUUCCACCUGGCGUGGCCUCUGCCAUCAAGGAGUGCAGUUGGACCGAGGAAAAUAGGACUGGACGAAGCGACAGAGAAGACAUGUGACCAUGCCUGUGCUGGCCUCAACGUGACAGGCCUUUGUGUGCUCUGUCUGUGGCAGACAGUGUGCAUCCCACAUUGGAUUAUACAGUCCUCAGCGAACCCACAAGAAGUAGUGGAAGUCAUCAUGGGAUACGAUGGACUACCUUAAGCAAAGUAAGAAAGUACUUGAGUUCAUACAAGUCUGCGUGCGUGGGUGUUUGUGUUUGUGUGCAUGUCAUGCUAAUGGGUUGAGGUAGUUUGAUAAUGGUGUCAAGGCAAUAGAGAUACAUACCAUUAUUAUUAGCUUGGUAGGAGGGUUACCAUGAUGAUUCAUCUACAUAGUGCAAACCACACUGGAUAGGUUGACUUGGGACCUUACCAAAGUCUUCCCAAAACACAAAUGGGGAACAACCAAACUUGUCCCUACAGAUAGCUAUGUCUCUAGAACCAAUAUAUAUCCAUAUAAUCAAAUAACUACCACCGUUAGCAUCAAAGACUUGGUUUGGCUUGUCUUGGCUUUUAGAGAGAGAGAGAGAGAGAGAGAGAGAGAGAGAGAGAGAGAGAGAGAGAGGGAGAGAGAGAGAGAUUUGAGUAAAAAAAAAAAAUAUUGGCCCACUAGUUACAUCAUUAAAAGCACAAACUUACUUCAUUUUAACAGACCUAGAAAGUUAGAACCAAGCAUCCCUCCUCUUCCACUGUACAUAGGACCCCCGACGCCCCACACCCCUACAAAAUCCCCCAGACGGUUCACUAGCCCCCCAAUAUACAUGCUCCCUCACCAGCCCCAGUAGCACAGCUCUGGGGGCUGUACACCCCGCCCCCUGCAUAGCAUGUUUCCUGGUCUUCCACAUUGCUGUUAUUGCCUGCCUCAACAGGUACUAGGCAGUCCCUUCGCCAGUUGGCUACGAUAUACCUAGGCCGUUCAACGUAUAGGCCCAGACUCAGCGCCUACCCUAGGCCUGUACACCACCCACCCAGGACAGAAAACAACCCUACCAGCCUGGAACAUGAAAAAAACAGAUGCUGCACUGUCUCCUCCUCCCCACAGAACAAACACCCCCUCCCCACUGAUGGAUCAAGGUGUGACACAUAUCUGUUCGUAGCGAUAGCCCAGGGAGAGAGGGAGAGAGAGAGAAAGAGAGAGAGAGAGAGAGAGAGAGAAAGAGAGAAAGAUAUGAUGGUUAGGAAACAGUGACUAGGCAGUAGGCACCGCGGGUGCCAACCAUUGAUGGAGUUGCAGUUCCAACACACUGUAGAAGAACCUUCUCUCUCCUCUUCUCUCCCUCCUUUCUUCUUUCCUUUAGCUCCCAGUCACACAAAAUCAAUAUAUAUUAACUGCCUAGUGUGGUGUGAGGAGAGCCGGCUGGGCUGACACGCCGGGUGGUAGAUGCUGUUUUAAUUACCUUACUUCCGUUAGAAAAAACGUCACUUUUGCUAUCUAUUACAUACACACCAAACUGCAGUGUGUGUGUGUGUGUGUGUCCGCCCGUGAGGAGCUACAGCUGGCCUGCACUCUCCAGUGCCGUAGGGAUUUUACAGUAUCUAUUGAUCAAAUCAAAUCAAAUCAAAUGUUAUUUGCCACAUGCGCCGAAUACAACAGGUGUAGACCUUAUAGUGAAAUGCUUACUGAUGAGCCCUUAACCAACAAUGCAUUUUUAAGAAAAUAAAAAAAAGUGUUAAGAAAAAAAUAGAUAUCAAACAAAUUAAAAUUACAAAUAAUUAAAGAGCAGCAGUAAAAUAACAGUAGGGAGGCUAUAUACAGGGGGUACCGGUACAGAGUCAAUGUGCGGGGGCACCGGUUAGUCAAGGUAAUUGAGGCAAUAUGUACAUGUGGGUAGAGUUAAAGUGACUAUGCAUAGAUAAUAAAAAGAGUAGCCGCAGUAUAAAAGAGGGGGUGGGGGUGGGGUGGGGUGGGGGGGCAAUGCAAAUAGUCUGGGUAGCCAUGAUUAGCUAGCUGUUCAGGAGUCUUAUGGCUUGGGGGUAGAAGCUGUUAAGAAGCCUUUUGGACCUAGACUGGGCGCUCCGGUACCGUUUGCCGUGCGGUAGCAGAGAGAACAGUCUAUGACUAGGGUGGCUGGAGUCUUUGACAGUUUUUAGGGCCUUCCUCUCACACCGCCUGGUAUAGAGGUCCUGGAUGGCAGGAAGCUUGGCCCCAGUGAUGUACUGGGCCGUACGCACUACCCUCUGUAGUGCCUUGCGGUCGGAGGCCGAUCAGUUGCCAUACCAUGCGGUGAUGCAACCAGUCAGGAUGCUCUCGAUGAUGCAGCUGUAUAACUUUUUGAGGAUCUGAGGACCCAUGCCAAAUCUUUUCAGUCUCCUGAGGGGGAAUAGGCUUUGUCAUGCCCUCUUCACGACUGUCUUAGUGUGUUUGGACCAUGAUAGUUGGUUGGAACUUGAAGCUCUCAACCUGUUCCACUACAGCCCUGUCGAUGGAUCUCUGUCUCCCGAGAGGGAGGUGUGUGUGUGGUGUGUGUGCGUGUGUGUGUAUGUAUAGCCUAUGUUUAAUUAUUUCUAACUACAUGUGAGCGAGUGUGUGAGAGUGUGUGUGAAAUGUUGGAGGCCCCCUCCCCAAACACCUGUCUACAUCUCUUCAGAUAAUAUUUAAAUGGUGUAACAGUACCACUCUCUGGUCAUUAGAGAAACUGCACCCUAGCCAUUAAACUAGAUGUGGAUGUGCUUGACUUGGUUUGACUACAACGGUCCCAAAUUGGUACUAUGUGCUCUGAUUGGUUCAUACUUCCUAUACCCUUUGAUUGAUUCAUACGGCCUACUGUCUUCCUGAUUAGAUUCCACCACAUGGCAUGUCUCUCCUCGGCCUAAUAAACAAUACUACAUCCAAUCGAAAAUCUAUAUAUGAUCUGUGACUACCUGAGGUUGGGAGCUGACUCUCCAUUUUACGUUUGCUUGACUUUUUGCAUUGAAUUUGGCCUCUGCUGCUUUUAGCCUAUUCUUUCUCAGUGCUCAACACGGCAUGCUAUCAAAAGCAACUUCAUCUAAAGAGACAACCUGACUCAGACGUUUUUUAAGUCCCUUGGCUUUAUUGACACAGUACAUUACAAAAUCAAUUUGGCCAUUUUUCGUUGCAACACUCAAUCAUCUAAGGAGCUGGCCUAGUUCUCUCUGCUUAGAUGCAUUAGAGGAUAUCUCACCAUGAACUAAUGUGAUCUCUCUCUCUCUCUCUCUCUCUCUCUCUCUCUCUCUCUCUCUCUCUCUCUCUCUCUCUCUCUCUCUCUCUCUCUCUCUCUUUCUCUCUUUCUCCAUUCCCCCUGUCUUUCUAGUGUGCUGGCUGUGUUCUUCUCAAUGAUGACCUAAACGUAAGUAAACGAAAGAUGGAAGCUCUCAUGUCUAGGGUCCUGUGUCUUGGUUAAUCAUGUCACAUGACCUGGAUUUGAACCUUUAUUUAAAGCUUUUUCAUCAAACUUUCCCAUUUGUGUUUUAUGUCAGAUGGCCCAGCACCAUCCUCAGUCAAUUGCUUAGAUUUUUGGCAUAAUUCUCAUUUCUGGAAAAGGCUACAAAUAAAGGUUAAAGUCCAGGUCAUGUGACAUGAUUAACCAAAACACAGGGCCCUACUCAUGUCGCACUGGUAUUCCCAUGAACAAAGACUUGAAACAGAGGACCGAAAAGAACAGACAUAUCCCCAUCACACCCCCUUCUAAAACUGCAAUAAAAUGUCCUUCACAUGGAAAAUAAUACUUAUUGCAAUGUGAAACAGUAGAUUGUCCUCAAGCAACCAGAAAAGUAAUUUGAAAUAAAAAGUAAAAUACCUGUGAAAUGAAUUUCAAUCCAAAACAAUGAAAUGGUUUUAUUGGAUAAAUAUGUAGCCAAUGCUGUUGAGGUAUAAAGAAGCAGAAAUGUAAAAGUGCCCUGUAGUUUCCCUCUGGCUAAUUCUGAGACCAUUUCAAGUGGAGUAAUAUCCAGGCAAUAAUGGACUUCUAGUAUGAUAGCUGUGUUCAUGUUUGGUUUGUUUGUUUGUUUCAGGUGGCAUCAGGUGGACACACUGGACAGCACGGAAUGAAGGGAGAGAAGGGAGAUCAGGUGAGAUAGGAACACACACACAUACUGCAAAUACACACACAAACAUGUACCCACACAUCCAUAUGGAAAUACUGAACACACACACACGUGGAGCAGCAGUGAGGAUGUAUCCGUAGGAGUGUGUACUCAGACUAAUUGUGGUGGAAUGUGUGACAUCAUCACCUGUGUCAUCCAGACACGCUGAGACACACACACGCACACACAUACACGUACACACACACACACACAUGCUCACUGAUCACCCAACCCCCCAAAUACACACAUAUACAUACACACACUGAAUCUUAUCAGCAUUAUCAUCACACACUGAGAGUUUCAUAAAUUUUGAAAUCACUGUCUCAUUAGCAAAAUUCUAAUUAUUUUAGCUUCACUUUCAAAAUAUUAAUUUCUAUCUGCAUUGAUUUUGUGAUUUAGUGCCAUACAUACUGAGUUCAGCAAACUUAUCACCAGACUUUGUCUUGCUCCCCCUCUUUCUUUCUUUCUUUCUUUCUUUCUUUCUUUCUUUCUUUCUUUCUUUCUUUCUUUCUUUCUUUCUUUCUUUCUUUCUUUCUUUCUUUCUUUCUCUCUCUUUCUUUCUUUCUUUCACUCACUCACUCUCUCUCUCUCUCUCUCUCUCUCUCUCUCUCUCUCUCUCUCUCUCUCUCUCUCUCUCUCUCUCUCUCUCUCUCUCUCUCUCCUAGGGUUCAGACUGCAGUGAAUCUGGAUCUGGUACAGUAAGUGUCUUGUCCAUGUAAAAGACUGCAUUAGCCCUCUGAGCUAAAGCCUAAACUAUAGCUCGGGGAGCCAACACAACUCUUCAGGUUACUCAUCACAGAAGCAAAUAGGUCGAAUAACCAGCUCUUCAAAAUACUGCACUUACACUGAAACAGACCCAUUCUUUGAUUUAGCAUAUGCAGCCAUGCAGGAACAAUCACAACUUGUGGGUUCACCAACCUGAGAUACAUGGUUGGAACUCUGGGUUGAACACUAUAUUAUUAAGUAUAAUGAUUUGGCUUAUUUUAGAAUUUUAGCAUGAGUUGCACACCCAAGCAUCCCAAGCAUUGCUCUUCCUGUCUGUCUGUCUAUCUGUCUGAGUGUGUGUGCCCCCACUACUCUGCCAUUAGCUCUGUAGCAGCUCUGUAUUUAGAAUGCUAAUGCACUACAACAGAAGUCUGAAUCACAAAAUUAACUAAUUGGCCUGUAGACUUGAACUUACCUCCCCUUUCAACAUCUAGGAACUAGAAGAUUACUGGAGUAUAAAUCAUUUGUGUGUGUGUGUGUGUGUGUGUGUGGUGCGUGUGUGUGUGUGUGUAUGUGUGUGUGUGUGUGUGUGCGUGUGUGUGUGCGUGUGUCUCAUUUGUCUGUUUCUCAGUGCAAACAGGGACGCAUGGGACAGAAGGGGGAGAAAGGCGAGUCGGUGAGUAUCUCUUCCUGGAGUGCAGCUAUUGUGUUGGGGGUCUUCAGUUCAGUGUAGUUUAGAUUUGAGUACAUUAAGACAGAGUAUUCAUUUGCAGAGUUUUUAGGCCUGUGUUUGUUAGUUUGUGUGUGUGUGUGUGUGUGUGUGUGUGUGUGUGUGUGUGUGUUUGUGUGUGUGUGUGUGUGUGUGUGUGUGUGUGUGUGUGUGUGUGUGUGUGUGUGUGUGUGUGUGUGUGUGUGUGUGUGUGUGUGUGGUCGAUGUGUUAUUUAGUAUGCUCCAUUGCUUCUGCAGAGUAGAGGUGAGGUCUCAAUAUUACUGCUGCUCAUCAAUCUUCCUGGUCUCAUUCUGGUCCUCAUUCUCUCUCUCUCUGCAGGUGCUGCCCGCGAACUGGGGAGACGCUGUCGGACACAAGGUACGUCUGGUAAACAACUGGCUGGCUGUCCUGUCUGGCUGGCUGGCCUGUGUGUCUGUCUGUCCGUAUCACAGUGUCUGAUGAUGACUGUUUCUUAUUUAUUUAUUUCUCCAUCCCCCUUCUCUCUCUUAGGGAGAUAAAGGACAGAAGGGAGAUAUUGGUCUCCAGGGACUAUCUGGAACCCCAGGAAAGGAUGUGAGUGGCUGCUUAUCUCUAUGACAUCAUCGCUAUCAUCACCAUCAUCAUCAUCAUCAUCAUCACCUUCAUCGCUUAGAAAAUGGCAGAAAAAUCAUUCAAAUAUGUAGCCUGUUUCUGCAUUCCACAAUGGGUUUCCUAUUAUGUUGAUGCUGAGUAGUUAGCAAACCGUAAACAACACUUCCUAUUUCACUAGAAUAAACAGCAUGUGUCUGUCUUAUAAAUGCCAGGAACAGACGCCCACGCACUCACACUUGAACACACACACACACACACACACACACACACACACACACACACACACACACACACACACACACACACACACACACCCACAACACUCCCACACACUCCCACAUACACCUAUCAGGCUAACAGAGGGUGUUUAGUAGAAUUAUACUGAAUUACUCUUUAAAGCCUAGACUGGUACUGAUAUCUAUUCUGCUCUGCCCGGCGUCUCUCUGGGUGUUGUCUUCCUAAUGGCUGCUAGAUUAGACUGGAGCAACAAAGCCAGCAGAAUCAAUUCUGCCUCAUUGACUGUGUUCCUCUCACACAAUCUGGCUGAUUCAGGCUGACUUAACCCCUUUCAUCUCACCCAUUCAGCCUAACAUGGAUACGCAUGGAAAGUUUUACAGUGUGACGAUAAAGAGGAAUUUCAGUGUGAGUGAGGGGGAGUGAGUGUGUAUGUGUGUGUGCUCUCAGGUUUCUAUAUCCUGUAGGCAGAGGUUUUCAUACUGUUUAAGAAGAGCUAAGUGAUGGUCUGUGUCUCUCUCUGCAGGGUCGGGCUGGAUCCAUCUGUGUGGUGGGACCCAAGGGACAGAAGGUACUCUUUAAACAGAGUAGCUAGUCUUUUUAAAUGUAGUAGUAUUUAACAAUGUGUACUUCCAUUGUAUGUACACUGUACAUUUCCAUGUGCAUUUAAUGUAAACACAUGCUUUUAGUGGCCCUCAAAAUCGAACUGCCAUUUUCUGUUUUGGCAUCUAUUUGAACUUUAACCUCUAGGAGCUUUUUUUCCCAGGGUACCUCUGGAAAGGUGGGGCCUGAGGGACUAGCAGGAGAACCGGGAAAACCCGGACUUCCAGGAUUGCCAGGAAUUGGAAAACCAGGCCUGCCAGGCCUGCCAGUGAGUAGUGUCUCUGCUCUGGAAUUCUGUUCUAUCUUUUCCAUCCUCAGGUUUGAAGUCAGAGUCCUGUUAUGAUAACUCUUCAUCCUCCAGUUGUCAGAUGCUUUAUGCACUGGGCAAGUUGGGGCUGGGUUUCGCAAGCAAAGAGAGGCUUAAUAUAGACUUUUGUUACCCUUGACUGAAGCCAAGAAGCAUCUUCGAGGAGAUGCUGUGUGUGUUAACCUUAACUAGAGCCAAGUAGCAUCUUCGAGGAGACGCCGUUUGCGUCUGUUCUUGUUUGGCUCUGGUAGACAGAGGAAGUGAGAGACAGUUAGAGAGAGGGCUAGUUGCUCAGCACUCUUUUUUAAUAGAGGUGUGUUUUGUUUUGUUGCUAGGGCACUCCUGGAGGACCUCCUGGAUCGAAGGGAGACAAGGUAAAAAAUAUAUCUGAAAAUUAAUUCAAAUCCAAUUAAAACUCUGCUUCAAAACUUCCAAGGCCGGGGCCUCUCGAGUGACACAGCGGUGCUAGAGGCAUCACAACAGACCCGGGUUCGAUCCCGGGCUGUAUCACAACCGGCCGUGAUCGGGAGUCCCAUAGGGCGGCGCACAAUUGGCCCAGUGUCGUCCGGGGAGGGUUUGGCCGGGGGGGCUUUACUUGUCUCAUCGCGCUCUAGCGCCUCCUUGUGGCGGGCUGGGCACCUGCAGGCUGACCUCGGUCGUCAGUUGAACAGUGUUUCCUCCGACACAUUGGUGCGGCUGGCUUCCGGGUUAAGCGGGUGGGUGUUAAGAAGCGCGGUUUGGCGGGUCAUGUUUCAGAGGACACAUGACUCGAACUUCGCCUCCCGAGCCCAUUGGGGAGUUGCAGCGAUGAGAUCGAAAAAGGGGGUAAAAUAACAGAAAAAUCCAAAGCCGCAGUUUGAACAUUGAAGUACUGUAUACAGAUUAUAUUGUUUGAUAAGAAAACAUCCCACAACAAGACUUCUGUACAUUUCUGGAAUGUUACAACAGUUGUUAUGGUUACUGUGUCCUGUUCCUCUCUUCUGUCCAGGGGGAUUCUGGGACACCAGGGAAAGAUGGAGAACCAGGAGAUCCUGUGAGUACAGGAUGCGUUCAGACCACAGUUUUGUAUUCUAGUCAGUGUGUAAUUUGAAAUCUCAUCCUCACUAUUAUGCUCUACUAAAAUGUAUUGCUGUUGUGUUUUCAGGGUCCUAGGGGUUCUGGUGGUGGUAAAGGAGAUAAGGUGAGUUAACCCUCAGUCCUGGUUUGUAUGUUAGGGUUAGGGUUAGGAGAUAUACUGCAUGGAUUGUGAAUGUGUUUGUCCAUCUCUGUGUGUAUCAGGGCCAACCCUGUGAGGUAUGUGUUGACGUUGUCCAUCGCUCUGUCUAUCAGUGCCAAUCCUGUGAGGUGUGUGUUGACAUUGUGUGUCUCUUUGGUUUUGUCCCUCUCAGGGUGACCCGUGUGAGAUGUGUCCCGUCCUGUCUGCAGACAUGGGCAACACUGUGGCCCUCCAGGGGAAGACGGGGCCCAAAGGAGAGCCUGGUGUCCCUGGGAUAGGAGACCCUGGCCUCCCGGUGAGAUAUGCAGCACCCCUAAUGUUCAUAUAGCCAUCAAGGAGUUUGGUUUGCAUGAGAAAAUAAUGUUCACUUACAGCUAGGAAUGUUUAGAAUCUCAUCUUCUCUUCCUCUCCUCUUCUCUCCUCCCUAUAUCUCCUCUCCUCUUUUCUAAUCAUCAGGGUCUUCAAGGAGCAGAUGGGAAGGCAGGAGACAAG